ACUAAGGGCAAGACAGUACUAGCGCUGCAGUGCCAGAACCAGCCAGUGUUGUGUCAUGAGAUUGUGACACAAACAUUCGCGCACACACACACAUACACUCACUGACACAGUCCUCCGUACCCACACACCCAGCCCAGCACAGCCCGGCUUAACCUCCAGCCGUGCAGUGUUGGCAGGGCGCUUCUCACCUGCCUGUUGGCCUCAGGUAACUGUUCUGACUGAGAAAUAAGGAAUCAUGAACUCUGUCACGGCUAAUGCAGGAGUUAUUCAGCUGUAAAUGCUGCCAUACCUUGCCUUACAUUUUAUACAGAUGACGGAAAAUACAAGUUGGAAGAUGAGAUGACACACAGGAAAACUGAUCUUCGACCAACACUGGCCGCCAUGUCGUACGACCGGCUGGGAGAAGAUCCCGGGGGGCUGUCCCAGCACCAGGCUGUGCUGCAGCCCGGCACGGAGGAGGAGCUGACUCUGCAUGGGUACCGGUCGUCUCCCUGCCAGACCUUCUUCUUUCAUCUGGUGUCUGUUUUGACGUUGGGCUCUCUGUACUUGGUCACAUAUUGGCGGCCAGAGUGGAGACUCGCCUGGACAACCAGAAAAUGUGCUCUUGUUGAGGCAGAAUCUUUAAUUCUUGUGGACAGAGAUGGGAAGACACAUGUUGAGACUGUGCAUGUUGAAGAUGUAGGCUCUGGCUUCCCCAAACAGUAUGUGGUUACAUGUCACAGAGCCAGAGUAAAAUCUGGUGCCACUCUCAAUGGAGCCUCAGAUUCCACUCACCUCACUGAUGCUCCACAAAGGGUGAUGCGUUACUUCAUAUAUCAACACGUCAAGUAUGUGUGGGUGCCGGAGAAGCUGACCUUUCUGCGCCUCGGAGGUUUUGACCAGAAUACUUUGAUUAGUUCACUUCUCAAUGACUUCAGAGGGUUUACUGUUGAAGAAGAAAUGCAAAGGCAGCAGCUGUACGGCUUUAAUGUGAUAAGUGUAGAAGUAAGAUCGUAUUCAAGUCUUCUGCUAACGGAAGUUCUCAACCCAUUCUACGUCUUUCAAGUUUGUUCCAUCUUGUUGUGGUCCUUUGAUAACUACUACCUCUAUGCCAGCUGCAUCUUCUUCAUAUCCUUGUUGUCUGUUGCGAUAUCCUUGUAUGAAACACGCAAACAAAGCCAGUCUCUCCAUGAUAUGGUUGAGGCUUCAAAUGUCAGCAGUGUAUCAGUGUUGCGGAUCACAUCUGAAAAGACUUCAGAGGAGGUGACGGUGGACAGCAAGGAGCUGGUGCCCGGUGAUGUGGUGGUGGUGCCUCCUGAGGGUUGCACAAUGCCAUGUGAUGCCGUCCUUAUUUCUGGCACCGCUAUUGUCAAUGAGAGCAUGCUGACAGGGGAAAGUGUGCCAGUCACCAAGACUCCUAUCACUGUGUCAGAAGAGACUGAAGUGUACUCAGCUGAGCAACACAAGCGACACACGCUCUUCUGUGGCACAUCAGUCAUCCAGACGAGGUAUUAUGGCAGUGCACAGGUUCUUGCUGUUGUAGUACGAACAGGCUUUAACACAGCUAAAGGGGAGCUGGUACGCUCAAUUCUCUACCCUCGACCCUUGGACUUCAAGUUUUACAAAGAUGCAAUGAAAUUUAUACUCUUUCUUUUCUUCAUUGCAUCUAUUGGCAUGUCCUACUCCAUAUACAUCUACAUAGUUCAUGAGGAGGGCUUUGUCAAGACUCUGGUUCGCACACUUGACAUUGUGACCAUCGUGGUGCCGCCUGCCCUGCCUGCUGCCAUGACAGUGGGGACAUACUAUGCCCAGAGUAGGCUCAAGAAGAAGGCAAUAUUCUGCAUAUCCCCACCUAGAAUCAAUGUUUCAGGCAAAAUCAAGUUGGUGUGCUUUGAUAAGACAGGAACCUUGACAGAGGAUGGUUUGGAGGUGUGGGGUGUGUUGGAGGCCAAAGGAGUCCAUCUGGGGUCCCCUGUGAUGGAUGUGUCUACUAUUGAAUAUUCAUCCCAGCUGAUGGCUGCCAUGGCUACCUGUCAUUCCCUCACCUACCUCCAUGGUUCUCUGACGGGGGACCCACUUGAUGUGAAGAUGUUUGAAGCCACUAAGUGGGAGCUGGAGGAGCCUGAUGAGGAAGACACACAUCGAUUUGAUAGCCUCAUACCCACUAUUGUCCGUCCCCCUCCCUCUUCCCUCCCACAACCACCACCUGUCUGUAAACUUCCUGCACCAUUCCCCAUUUCUCUUGUGCCUUUUUCACUGCCAUCUGGUGUGGACACAAGUAGCUCAGCACCUGCCUUAUCAGCAUCUCCUCACUCAUGGGUCUCCAUCUGUGAUAGCACUGUGGAGGGUGAUGGCAACUUGGGGCAAGGCAGCAUCUCCAAUAAGACCUUGGAGGAGGCAGCACCAGGGUCCACCAACUAUGACCAAGUAACACCCACUAUAGUGAAGCCCAGCCAUCAGGAGACAUAUGUGGAUCCUCCUCGUCAUUCUAACAUGAUGGAGACGCCUUUGCAGGUACCUUAUGAGAUUGGAAUUGUGCGUCAGUUCCCAUUCAGCAGCAGCACCCAGCGUAUGUCAGUAAUUGUGCGGGUCCUGGGGCAGCAGCAGAUGGACCUUUAUGUCAAGGGUGCUCCAGAAGUGAUCAUGAAUCUUUGUGUGUCAGAAUCAUUACCUGAUGACUUUGGGACCAUCCUAAAUAAAUACACACUACAAGGCUUUCGAGUCAUUGCCUUGGCACAUCGUCGCUUGCAGACCAAGCUGUCCUGGCAUGCUGCACAGAGAAUACCUCGCACCCAGGUGGAAAAGGACCUUGUGUUUGUGGGGCUGCUGGUGCUGCAGAACAUGCUCAAGCCAGAGACAACACCAGUGAUAAGGCAGCUGGCCAAGGCAAACAUCAGGACAGUAAUGGUCACAGGUGACAAUAUCCUGACAGCUAUAAGUGUGGCUCGUGACUGUGAUAUGGUGGGGACUUCAGACAGGAUACUUGUAGCCAAAGCGUCCCCUCCUACUGAAGACCAGCCUGCAUCCCUUAUUUUUGAGGCAGCCCAUGCACUAGACCCUGCCAGUAAUGAGAAGAAUGUGUGUGUGAGCAUCGAUCCAAAGUAUCAUCUGGCAAUAAGCGGGAAGGCCUGGUCUGUGAUAUAUCAGCACUUCCCUGACCUGGUGCCAAGAAUUGUGGCCCGAGGUACUGUCUUUGCACGAAUGUCCCCAGACCAGAAGGCACACCUUGUUGAAGAGCUACAGGCCAUCAACUACAUUGUAGCCAUGUGUGGAGAUGGUGCCAAUGAUUGUGGGGCCCUGAAAGCUGCACAUGUGGGCAUCUCCCUGUCCGAGGCUGAGGCCAGUGUAGCUGCCCCUUUCACCUCCCAUACCAGCAAUAUAUCAUGUGUGCCUCAGGUGGUGUGUGAGGGGCGCUGUGCACUCACCACCAACUUCUCUGUAUUCAAAUACAUGGCCUUGUACAGCAUCAUACAGUUUGUCUCUGUGCUCAUCCUGUAUUCUGCUUAUACCAAUCUUUCUGAUGCACAAUUCCUCUACAUUGAUCUUUUCAUUGUGACUGUCAUUGCCAUCUUCAUGGGUUACACUGAACCCAGCAAGGAAUUGGUACCACAAAAGCCUUUGGGAAACCUUUUGGGUGCUGCAAAUAUGUUCUCUAUCCUCUCCCAGAUCUUCCUAGUCAUUCUUUUCCAGGUUAUAGCGUACUUCUUCCUUCUUCAGCAGUUAUGGUUUGAGCCAAAUCAGCCAUCAAAGGAUCAAGGGCCAGAAAGUCUGGUGUGCUGGGAGGCAACCAUUAUCUUCUAUGUCUCAAGCUUCCAAUACCUCAUCUUGUGCAUCACAUACUCACCGGGCAAGCCUUUCAGAAAGCCACUCAUCACUAAUGUCUGGUUGACAGUGGCACUGCUGGUGCUUGGGACUGCCAACCUGCUGAUGGUGUUGUCCCCGUGGUCCUGGCUAAUGGAUUUCAUGGGCCUCUAUUAUGACACAAACAAGCACAUGAUGUUCCGAAUCACAUUGCUUCUGAUGGUGACAAUACACAUGGUUAUUUCUUACUCUAUUGAGCUGCUAAUCAACAGUGGUUCCCUUAAGAAGUGCUUCCAGUGUGUGACCUGCAAGCAAGGCCCCAAGAACAAGUACAAGCUAGUGCUGCGGGACAUGGAGGCAGACUCCACGUGGCCCCCCAUGUCUACCCCUCUCUAUGGGUUAUAGGCCUGCCUAGGAGUUGGGCAUUCAGGUUAAGUCUCCAAUAGUUGUAGAAGUUUUAUAAAUUAUUUUAACAUUUUGUAAAUGUCAUAGAUAUCUAUUUUUUAUUGAAAUUGGAGUUUGCAAGAGCAGUUUUUUUUCUUUUUUUGUGGUAAAGCAGUGACACAAAAUGUCUUUUUUACAUACUAAUGACAUUAUUUUGCCACUUUUAUAAAAAAUGUAUCUGUUUGUGGUUUAUAUGAUAUGAGAGCUAUCUUAGGUACAUUAAGAAUUAUGAAUGUUGGUGCUUAACCAAUUAACAAUUCUUAACCUUCCUGCCUUAGGGUGGCAUCAUGAGUGUACGUAUGUCAUAUCUGGAGUUUACGGGCGCACAAAAAUUUCAAACUCUUUUCUGUAUCUGACAAUGAUUCCAUCGUCAAACAGAACCGAAUAAUCAAGUGUCGUCUAUGAAAAUAUGCAAAGUGAAAUCAGUGUGUUUUCACACCAAUAAAACAUCUCAUUGACCUGAACGUUUCUUGAUGAUGAAAUAAUUCAGACAACAUGCA